AGCAUAUAAAUUUAUUCCAUCACUAGGUGGUGCUGUAACAGCUGUGCAAAAGUUCAUCUCUAAAUAGUGUAUUUCGUGUACUUCUCUUUCAAUUAAUAAUAUUUUUUGGCAAAAUGAGCACUUUCAGGCAGUUGUACAGACUUUCUGCUGGCUUGGGCCAGCGCGUGAUACAAGUUACAACAAGAAUAGCAUUAAAUGAGGCACGCACGCACAGGCAGUUGCAGUUGCAAUUUCCCACUUCGAGACUGGCAUCCACCACAACAGCUGAUCCUGUUUGGACCGGCACGAAAAGAUGCACGUGCAGUGGCACGCGACUCCUGAGCAGCAGCAGCAGUAGCAGCAAACCAGUCAAAGAUGCAGGAGACAACAAGGCUACCAACAGCAUUCCCCUGGGCGAGCUGCAAACGAAAAUGCAGCUCAUUUACACCUGCAAGAUCUGCCAGACGCGCAACAUGAAGACCAUUUCAAAGGUUGCCUAUCAGCGCGGCGUCGUGAUCGUGACGUGCGAGGGCUGUGCCAAUCAUCACCUGAUAGCCGACAAUCUGAAUUGGUUCACGGAUCUGAACGGCAAGCGUAAUAUUGAGGAGAUUCUGGCCGAAAAAGGCGAGAAGGUGAUCAAAAUGGUUGACGGAAACUGCGAAUUUCUGCCCAAUCCCGAUUCCGAACACAAUAAACCAAAACCGAAUCCUUAACUGUACACAAAAGCAACUU